UUGGCAGAGAGGGGUGGAGGACACUGAAUGGAGGCCAGUGGAGGGAUUGGCAGAGAGGGAUGGAGGAGACUGAGUGGGGGCCAGUGGAGGGAUUGGCAGAGAGGGGUGGAGGACACUGAAUGGAGGCCAGUGGAGGGAUUGGCAGAGAGGGAUGGAGGAGACUGAGUGGGGGGCCAGUGGAGGGAUUGGCAGAGAGGGGUGGAGGACACUGAAUGGAGGCCAGUGGAGGGAUUGGCAGAGAGGGGUGGAGGACACUGAAUGGAGGCCAGUGGAGGGAUUGGCAGAGAGGGGGUGGAGGACACUGAGUGGGGGCCAGUGGAGGGAUUGGCAGAGAGGGGUGGAGGACACUGAAUGGAGGCCAUGGAGGGAUUGGCAGAGAGGGGUGGAGGACACUGAAUGGAGGCCAGUGGAGGGAUUGGCAGAGAGGGGUGGAGGACACUGAAUGGAGGCCAGUGGAGGGAUUGGCAGAGAGGGGUGGAGGACACUGAGUGGAGGCCAGUGGAGGGAUUGGCAGAGAGGGGUGGUGGACACUGAGUGGAGGCCAGUGAAGGGAUUGGCAGAGAGGGGUGGAGGACACUGAGUGGAGACCAGUGG